AUGGGAGGCAAACUUUGGUCAGAUCAAGAGGAGCGGUACUUCUGGAGGGUUACCAUGCCCCAGUCCGUCAAGCGUAUCAACCCCCCGGCGGACCAGCAAUCCGAAGCCCAGCAAGACGUCGUAGAGAAGUCCUGGGCGGACCUCGCUACGGAGAUGGGGACUGCGAUGGGAGAUGAUGCUCGCCGCCAAUAUACCGGCACGAUGCUUUUCGAACAUUACUUUCAGAACAUUGAAUUGGAGCGAGUCUCACCCAACGCUGGAAGAUAUGUACGCAAGUUCUUGAAGUCCGCCGGUCUGGUCGACCAUGCACUUCUCAAGACCAAUCAAGCUUCACGUUCACCUCCAAGAGCGUUUGCGCCGCGCAACGAUCGAGAGGGUUAUUCCGGUCCCGUCCAAGCCAGGAGUUGUUACUCUCACCUCAGUAAGACCUCGAGCAUCGUCAUCUUCACUGGCGUGCCUCGCCAAUACCUCGAUGUCUCCGACACCGCCAAGGCCUCAUCUGGACCCUCCUCUAAACACCCGACUCGUGACGACCAAGUCCUCAAAGAGCCCCAGCCUAAGAGAUAUGCCCCUUAG